CUCGUGAGCCGCGCUGUCAGAAAGAUUUAUAACAGGCCUCUGCCGGAACACUUCGCAAACUGUAACCCAAUGCAGUGAUCCCAGCUGAUUCAAGUUAACCAUCUGACAUAUUGAGCGGAAUUCUAUUAUCCGCGGCCGACAGUUGCCUGCAGAUCGCGUGGUCUUGGGGGAGUGGAGCUGGAGUGGAUCGGCUCCUCGGAGGGCGGUUUUCCGGCGUGUUCAGGCAGGACGCGCUGCCCCACUUUGCAUUUUCUCCAACUUCAUUCUGUUGGGAAAUCUCGCAGCGCGUUUAAUUGCGGCAGCGCGAGCGGCCGACGCGUCCAACUGUGCUUCAAUCGCGUGUUUUGAGUCCUUAUCUGGACAGAGUUCGGAGUGAGCCGUGGAUGCGUGACCGUGGAACGAGAAUGCACGAGGAGGCCACCUGGGAUUCAGGGAGGAAAUCAGGCGAGAUCGGCGCUCAGCAUGUGCGGCCUCAAGAGGGAAGGAAAACCGUCCAGAAGAGAACUUUUACCAGGUGGAUGAAUGUGUUUCUGCAGCGAUGCGAUCCGCCGCUCGAAGUGCGUGACCUGUUCACGGACAUUCAGGACGGCAGGGUUCUCAUGGCUCUGCUGGAGGAGCUGUCUGGCUGCAAACUGCUCUACAGGUUCAGAUCGCCUUCUCACCACAUUUUCAGACUCAACAACAUCUCCAAGGCCCUAGCAUUCCUGGAUGACAGACAUGUGAAGCUGCUCGGCAUCGACGCCUCCGGUAUUGCUGACGGCAGCCCUCCUGCCGUUCUCAACCUUGUCUGGAACAUCAUCUUGUAUUUCCAGGUGAAGAAGGCAACAGGGGGUCUUCAAAGACAUUUGUCUUCCAGCCUCUCUUCCUUAUCAAUGAGCAGUUACCCCUCCUCCGGUGAUCUGUCACCCCAGCAGAACGGCGCUGGCAACUACUCCUGCUACACUCUGCCAAGCAAAGGCAAAAGGGCUGCCAGGGAAUCAAAGUACCACGGGAAGGCAAUCAAGACUCUCCUGCAGUGGGUCCAACGAUGCACAUCAAAGUUCGGGGUAGAGGUGCAUGACUUUGGGAAGAGCUGGCGCAGCGGGCUCGCGUUCCUCGCCGUGAUCAAGUCCAUAAACCCAGGUCUGGUGGACCUGAGAGCGAGCUUGUCCAGGGAGCCGAGAGACAACGUGGAGCGGGCCUUCGCGUUGGCCCAUCAACAUCUGGAUAUACCACGGCUGCUGGAGCCCGAAGACGUGACGUGCUCAUCACCAGAUGAGCAGUCCAUCAUCACCUACGUCUCUAUGUUUCUGGGGCAGUGCCCAGACAUUAAUGAGGACUAUACAACAACCUUCACCGUUCGUGAUUCCCCACAUUUUGGAUCCCUCGACUCACUCACCCUUGGAGGCACCACCGCUUGUGAGCCACGAGCUGGAGCCAGGAAGCGCUGGGCCGGAACGUCCUCGGGGAGCACCACCUCGCUUCAGACCAAUGGAUGCCACACGUCAGGCGUCUGCUCCAGCUACGAUGACGUCUUCUCUCCCUGUUACAGUCCCACGGGCAGAUCUCCAUCCUUAUCACCGCUUAACCGAAACAAAGGCCCUGUUAGAAGCGCUGUGCAGCCGCCCAGUCUGCUGCCGAGUCCCAUGUGGGUGGAUCAGCGGUAUAUUAGGCAAAAGGAUGACGAGUUUUCAUUGAGCUCAGAGGACGGAACCGACAGCCUGUCGGCACUGGACUCAGACGAGGAAGACGCCUACACCUACAUCCUUGAUCUCAACAAGGAGAUUUGCCAAUCGCAUAAUCCGCUGAAAAGACAAGUAGCGAGAGUUGAGGAGGAAACCACUGAAGAAUUAAAUGAAGAGUCAGAAGAUCCUGAUGCAUGUGCGAUGUUAAAUGUCAAUGGAUGGAAACAGCGGGAAGAUACUGAUGCAAACUCAGAAGCCAGGGCUCAUUCAGAGUUUCGCAGGAAGUUUGUUGUGGACAAAGAAGAAAGUAGCUUCAGAGACAUGACAGACAGCGGAGCCGCUUUUGACUUGGAGCCAAAUGAGGAAGGCGGCGGCAAAGAGCCACCUGAGGAUGAGAACGCUGUUAGAGUACAGGGUAAUGGUGAUUACAGUGAGGAGGAGGAGACGGCGCGUGCUGGAGUGGUGACAUAUGGACACGGUGGAACAGCAGCCCGGGGAGAUGAAGCAGAGAAAACAAAGAUGCUGAAAAUGCCUCGCUGGCAGAAAGAGGCCGAGGGAGACGGUAACAAAUGGCUUGUGAAUGAGACGGUAGCAGGAGGUGAUGAAGAAGAAAUGGACCUGACGUGGGAUGAAGGGAAAAAUAUUAGGUUAGAUCCAAAAGAGGAAGAGAAGAACAGCAGAGAUGAAGAUGGGGGAACUGUGCAGGGAGACACUUUUGGAAAAGGAGUAAAUGACACAGUGGAUGAGUCUGGGCAUGAAGUUGGAUUCAGCUUCACAGCUGGAGUUAACAUGGAAGUGGAUGGAGACAGAGCCCUGAGAGUGGAAGAUGUGACUAAAAGUAGCAGGAAUGAUGAGACAGAAGUCAGGACUUCAGGGGAUUUUGAAGCAGAUGUAACAGUAGCGAAGACUAAUGAUGAACCGGAAUCUGGGAAAUGUAAAUUCACUGUCAAGAAGGCGACAGUGAUAAAGCAUCCUGGUGGUCGGACCCCUCCCUCACUCAGCAGCGGGUCCGGACCCCUUCAGUGUCUGGCAGCGCUUGGUGCCGUCACCCCGUCAGAGCUGGAGACGCUUCUGGUCCUGUGGAUCCUCCUCUACUGCUGCCUCAUGCUAUCUCAAAUGAACCCCUGAGUCUCCCCGCGGCGCCGUCCUUAUUAAGAUAUGCUUAUUAGCCCGGUUUCCGCUAAUGAGCCAAACAGGGCCACGUAAGGCGGGUUUAACCCUUUAUCUGUGUCGCUGGAUUUCCCUCAAGGCAACACUUAAUGAUCAUGUUUUCUUCUCACUGCCAGUAAACAGAGUUUGUCACUUGGGCUCCAGAUCAACACAUCUGCCCUGUUACACACAUCCUUUGCUCAUGCUGCUACCUCCCCCUUGCAGAAAUCUGACUUUCAGUUCAUCUACACAGCAUCAUUGGCCACAUGGGGGCAUCGCAGCAUCACAGCAGCGAGUGUCUCCUGUGACAUGAGUGUUAAUACAACUAGUGGAGACCCAGUGGGACCUGCUGCUUAAUUAGAGGCUGUAUUGACAUAGGGAGAUAAAGCUGAUAAUAUUUAAUGAG